AUGCAAACUGGUGUAGGAAGCGUAUUUCGUUGCGUUCAUCUUUCACCUCAUGUUUUGUCCAUAUUGGCGAAGCGUUUUAUGCCUGCUCGCGGCACAAAACCUUUACCGAGAUAUCUUUGGGAUAUGGAAGAUCUAAAAAAGAAGACAAAAGGAAAAUAUACGCAUGAACCUUUAAUUUUACGUCGCCUUGGCGGACGUGACCCCCAAACAGGUCGUAAAGUCAAUCAGCAUAUCGGUGGUGGCACCAAAUUCGACUAUUUCAUGGUCGAUUUUCAUCGGCGUGGGCCAAAAGAGCCUGAUGCUACUUAUGAUGAGCGGGUUGUUGAAGUACGACGAGAUCCGAAUAGAACAUGUUUUAUUGCACUGGUUGCUGGUUGGGAAGGUAAACGGUGGAUAUUAGCAACAGAGAAUAUGAAGGCUGGACAAAUUAUCAGUACAACGUGUUACAUACCUGAAAGUCCUCAGGAAGGGAAAGAAGGUAAUGCAUAUCCGUUAGGAGCGUUGGCACCUGGUUCAAUAAUUAAUUCAGUGGAAAAGUUCCCAAAUGAACGGAAAUAUCCUUCAAUGGAUGAUGACGUCUUUAUUGUUACCGCUGGCACAUGCGCUGAGAUUAUCAGGCAUCAGGGUGACUUUGUUAUUAUCAGGCUACCUCACAAACACGAGUUUGUCCUGUCAAAGGAAUGCAUGGCUACAGUUGGCAGAUUGUCACAUGCAGAAUUCCAUGACAAAAUUUUCGGCUCAGCACAAAUGCACCGACGCUUCGGCUACAAGAUGGCUAGCGGCCUAUUCCAAAAGAAAGAUGGCUAUUUGGGUCGAAAAAUACGAAGACUUCCGCCACCGAGAAUAUUGAAACCAGAAAGACCACCACCAGAAUCGCUGUCAUUUACCCUCACCAAGGAACAGCAAAGUGGACUCACCGGUAUACAUCGCAUGCCGUAUAUGGCUCAUGCUGGCUUCAAUUAUCGUGAAUAUCCUGACUGA